AUGAAAUCCUUCAUUGUAUUCGCUCUGUUCGUGGCGGCAGCCGUCGCUGUCCCAGUUUACAACUUCUCAGGGCAAAGAGGUGCGAAGGUCGUCAGGUUCGACCUGAACAACAUCGGUGUCAACGGUUACGACUACGCCUACGAGACCAGUGACGGUAAGGCUGCCUCUGAGGUGGCUGUAGUGAAGAACCCCGGAUCAGAGAACGAGAGUCUUGAAGUACGUGGUUUCUACAGAUACGUUGGUGAUGAUGGCAAGCUUUACAGAGUAGACUAUAUCGCCAACGACAAGGGCUUCCAACCAUCAGCUGCCCAUCUCCCCGCCUAA